AAUAUGUCAGUCAAAUGAAAGUCUAACCGUUUUUUUUUCACCCCAUCUUUCGCGAUAGCAAAACAGAAAUAUUUCAGUCAUGGAGCCAAAGAGGAAAUUGCAGUACUCCGUCACCUUCGACGACAAAUCGCUGAGCACCGAUUCCGCGGAGGUGACGGUCAGCGACGACGACCAGACGCCCGCCUUCACCAAAACCGCCACCAAUUCGAGCGCCCUCCGCGGCGAAGGCGGCGACAUGAACAGCGAGUCCACCAUCAGCACCAGCAUCCUCGACGAGCUCGAGGAGGUCAAGCUGCUCAGGCGCAAGGUCAACGAGCUGGAGGCCAAGAACAAACUGUUGGAUUAUCAAGUGGAGAAAGUUAACACCUAUUUAGUGCACGAGAAGACGAAGAAUUGCAAGUUGGAGAAGAAGCUGCAAUUCGUCAGAGAUAACCAAGACGUGUUCAUGAAAUUGAAGGAGGCCUACGUUAAUAUGAGAUACAACCAAGCGGCCGGUAGGAAGAUGAUCGAACUCAGGGAGAAGAGCCAGCAAACGUGGGAUGGGAUCCUGUGCAGGGCUUGCAUUGGGGCCGAGCAAAUGAGAAGGCAAUUGGAGGCCGUCAAGGAAACCUACAAGGGAUCGUACAUCAUUAAACCUUUUCAGCUGGAGAAACUGUUGAGUACGGUGAAAUGCUUGAAAGAUCAGAUCGAUAAAAGAGAACAGAGUUGGUCGUUGAACGUUGAAAGGGAUCUACAGUUGCGUACGCAAAUAGAGACGCUGGAAAGCGAAAAUUCUUUGUUAAGGGAUUUAUUGAAAAAUAGGGAUGCGUUCCCGUCCGAUGAUACUUUCAGCAGCGACAAAACGUCCAGUUCCGAAUUGGCGCUGUUCAAGAAAAUUAUCAUCAAAUACGAAAAGAAGAUAAGGGAAUUACAAUUGAACAACAAUAAUCCUGUGAAGUUAUCCAUAUCUUUUGAUGACAAGGAACGACGAAUAAUCGCUCAACUCAUGGCAAAAUAUGUAAUGAGGAAACGUCGCAAAUAUUGGGAUAUGAAACGUUGUGGAAGUUUCGAAAAUAAAUCUGGUGUCUGUAUAAAUAACGCGUAGUGCUUACGGAAAAAAGUCUUCCUGUCACUUCUUAAUAACAAGAAACAACGAUAUUGGUUUUUUUUCACGUGCAAUUGAAGUUAGCAAUUCUGUAUCCA